CGCCUUAUUUUUGUGUAAUUGGCAGCCGGUCAAGUUCGGCGAGUAGACCAAAUAUGCAGCCCACCAAAACGGAUUCGCGUCGUCGUCUCAAUGCGGGGAUCUCGAAUUCCCCGCCAGCAGUCUCUGGGGAAGGGGAAUACAUCAAGGUGGUGGAGUCCCAGUGCGAAACCGACGGAUUCGUCAACGAACAGUGGACGGAGCCAUCGGUUCCAGUGCCCUGGAAAACCAUUGUCAUCAUCCUUUUGCUUUUUAUCGGUGGGAUUAUCUGCAUUGCCUUCGCCACUGUGAAUUGGCUGACGGACACGAGUCGGGAGCGAUCGGAUCGUGUGUGGGCGCUGAGCAUUAUCGGAGCACUGACCUUCAUCCCGGGCAGCUACUACGUGUACGUGCUCUCCUCGAUUCUGCUCAACCGGAACGGUUUCACCAUGGACGAGAUCCGGAGACUCGGUUGAGAAUGCGAACGGAAGGAGACCGAAUUCCAUGUUUCGUCAAAUAGAUUUUAUUGCGUUUACACUACAGUUACUCACACAAUUCAUUGGCAUAAUUUCUUUAGCAACAAUAUUAAUUUGUAGUUUGUAGUAAUGAUACAUGUGUGUAUUGCCCCGGUAAUUGUAUAAAAAUAUGUUGUAAAUACAAGUUUCUUAUCAAAAUGUA